AUGUCCACUCUCAGUCGUAAAAGGCCUUUUGAAGAUGAAGGGGCCGAUCCCCACUCGUCGGUGCUUGAGCGGUACAGCAGAACGAUGGAAUUACAGGACAAAAUUGCCGAUAAUCACGCAGACAUCAAUGAGGCAGAACCAAUGGAGAUAGAGAGAGACGUCGCACCGCUUCCACAGCCCAAGUUGCCUCGAGACAAGUCUCUCUAUUCUCAGGAACAAAGGAACAAGAAUCUUAAUUGGCUUUCCACUCCUGAGUAUCACAACACUACCCAAACGAAGUCCUUCAAGGAUUUUGAGCCUGCACUUGAUCCAUUGAUAAUAUCCAACCUCGAGACCAAAUUUGGCAUAACUUCUGCCUUCUCUGUGCAGAUCAACGUCAUAGAGUCUCUUCUGAAAGACAUCAGUGCCAACAAGAUUGAUCCGACCCCUUUUGGCGACUACUUGGUCAAUGCGUCGACAGGUUCAGGCAAGACACUGGCAUACCUGAUUCCAAUAGUACAAAGCUUAAUUGGCCGAGUUGUUCCUCGACUAAGAUGCAUAAUUCUGGUUCCGACGAAGCCCUUGAUCACACAGGUUUACUCCAACAUAUUACAGUUGACCAAGGGCCUCGAUAUUAACGCUCUAGCACUCCGUAGUGACGUGAGUGUCAAGGAAGAAGCAAAGAAAUUAUCAACAAUCAAGCCUGACAUAGUGGUUUCCACGCCCGGUCGUCUGGUUGAGCAUCUGCUAAACGGCAUGGACCUUUCACAGCUUCGAUUUUUGGUGGUUGAUGAGGCAGAUCGGUUGCUGAACCAGUCGUUUCAAAAUUGGUGCGACACUUUGAUCACUAAAUUGGAAAACGACCAGAAAUACGGUGAAGGAGAAGACUUCUACAACAGCUAUACUGUGAAAUGCAGUAAACUGAUUUUCAGUGCGACCUUGACGACAGACUCCGAAAAAUUGUUCCAUCUUAAGCUUUUCAAGCCUAAACUGGUGGUGAUCAACAACACAGAACAGCUGGUGAACGAACUUUACCAGAUUCCACCACAUCUUGACGAGAAAUAUGUGCGGCUCGGCGAGAAGCUGGCCUUUUUCAAGCCAAUGGUGUUACUCCGCUACUUGGAGCAGCCAGAGUACCAUUCUCAUGGACUUGUCUUUACCAAAUCCAAUGAGUCGGCAAUCAGACUUGCUCGUCUGCUUACGCUUUUGAGUGAGAAGCUGGGCUUAGAUUUGGACAUAAUGUCCGUCAAUUAUAGUCUCAAAUCGCACGAGAGGGCUAAGAUCCUCAAAAAGUUCCAUGAGGAGGGUGGUAUUUUGAUUGCCACCGAUCUCAUUGCGCGCGGAAUGAACAUCGAAUCGAUCAAAUUUGUUGUAAACUACGACCUCCCUCUUUCUACCAAGGAAUACAUUCACAGAGUUGGUAGAACAGCACGUGCCAACAGGCAUGGAACAGCCAUAACGCUCUGCUUUGGAGAUGGAGACUUCCGGUGGUUUAAGCGACUUGUUUACUCUGGUGGAGUGAUUAAUAGAAACGGCAAGGAUAUCAAGGAAGUGAAGGUGGUCAGAGAAACGGACGAAAAAACAGACUCAGAUUUCGUGCUCGAGCUUAAUAAAGACGUCUACAACGAGUGCUUGGACGAGCUCGAGAAAGAAAUUAGAAACACCAGGUAAUUAAUCGGUUAAUUGUUCUAUGUACAUCAUUCUUUCGACGGUUUUUUCACUCCGUAUUUGGAUCUAGCCGUCUUUCUAUUGGCAACACCAGCCAAGUCCAUGGCUCCACGGAUCAGGUGAUAUUUGACACCAGGCAAAUCCUGCACUCUACCGCCUCGCACAUACACCACCGAGUGUUCUUGGGCAUUGUGUCCAAUACCUGGAAUAUAUGCCGACACGACUCUUCCAUUGGUGAGUCUAACUCUUGCAGCCUUUCUUUGGGCCGAGUUAGGUUUCUUUGGUUUGAGAAUCAUGACUCUCAAGAUGACGCCCUUUUUUAUUGGGUUUCCUUGAAGAUCGGGGGCCUUGGAACCUCUCUUCUUCUUCGUGAUAAACUCUUGACCUCUAUUGAUUUGGUUAAUAGUGACGAAUCUUUGCUGCGAGAAUGCGGUGGGAAGUGGUGAUAAGCGCGACAUGAUUGAUGGCGUUGCGCUUCUCAAAGGAGAGACGAACCGGCCCCGCUUGAGCAGGGAUCCGGAAAAUAGUCUGAGCAUGGC